CUGACAUCCCCCUCUCCCUCCCUCUCGUUAUCUACCACUCUCACCCACUUACACAAAAUCAUGGCCGACAGAAACAGCCGGUUGAGUGUUAAGAAGAAAGAGAAGAAGGUGGAAAACAAAACAAACGAUGAGAAGGACAAAGAAAAGGAGAAGGGGAAGGAGAAGAUUGUGAAAAAGCCUGAAAAACUUGUGAAAAAGCCAGAGAAGACCCCAGAGCCGCCCAAGACGGAUGAAGAGAAGAGGAAUGGGGAAAGUGGAGAGGCAACUGGAGCGGAGGCCAAUAACAGUGAAGAAAACGGAGAGUUUCAGCCCAUAGAGCUGCCACCGUUUGAGAUUGUCACAGGGGAACAGAUGAGCCCGUUCUACUUCAAGUUUCAGUUCAGGAAUGUGGAAUACUCAUCAGGGAGGAACAAGACCCUACUGUGCUUCAGAGUGGAUACACCAGGAGGCAGCACAGAGCCUCUGAAAGGUUAUAUGGAGGAUGAACAUGCCACAGCUCAUGCUGAAGAGGCCUUCUUUCAACAGGUGCUCCCUGACGCUUCCCAAGAGUAUGAAGUCACAUGGUAUGUAUCAUCCAGUCCCUGUGUGUCCUGUGCAGCCAAGUUGGCCAACAUCCUCCAGCAGCGCAAAAAGCUCCGUCUCUGCAUAUUCUGUUCUCGUCUCUUUGAGUGGGAGCAGCCAGAGAUAGUAGAAGGACUCCGGGCUCUGGUGAGUGCCGGCUGCAAACUGCGGAUGAUGAAGCCAUGUGACUUCCUACAUGUCUGGGAAACGUAUGUGGAGAAGGAGGACCAGAGCUUUACACCCUGGGAAGAUUGUCAGGAAAACUACGACUACUAUAUGGAGAAACUGGCUGAUAUCCUCAAGUAGAUGUGUCAGUGCACAUGAUGGGCAAGAUCUUCCUACUGAAAGAACCACAAAUCGUCCUUCUUGUGAAAAUCCCACUGGUUGAACGUGUGUUUUCUUGCAGUCACAUCUGAUGGUGCAGAUCAAUAUUAGUUUGAAUGAACACUUGUGGCAAAGUUUUGUAUUUUUUAUUUUCAUAAUUUCAUAGGGUUAAGUUUAAAACAAAUGUUUGAAUGGCAUUUCUGUAGCUGCACUGUAGGUAAAUAUGCAAUAUCCAACUGGUCACUAAGCUUUGGAGAACUUUACUGACAUCUGGUGGUUGUUGUAAGAAUUGAAAAACUAUCCUACAGAUCAUCACAAAGGCUAUGUACAGUGCAUACAAUAAUUGAAAGCUAAAAAUAUACAUAUAUGUACAAUACAACAAUAUACAUAUACAUAUAUAUGAUUGAUGCUUAUCACAUAAAUAAUGUUUCAUAUUUUAACAGUACGUUUAACAGUCAAUGAAUCAAUACAGUGAUAAGAAUUGAAAUAUGUACAGUUCUCCACAGUAUUGUGCUGUGCCAAACAAAUCUGCACACAUUUAUAUAGCAAUGUUCGCACUUGUAACACAGUAAUAUCUUGUCAAAUAUUCUAAAUUUGGUACAGACAAUGCUAAUGAUCCUCAGCUGUACUUUAAGACUGAUGCAAACAUCAGUCUGACCAUAUUGAGCUGAGACAAGAUGAGUCUUAGAUGUCUUAUCAUGGCCACUGCAUAAAGUUUCACCUUUCUCUUUG